AUGCCGGCCGGUUCCAACCGGGAGAGGCCGAAGCUUUUCGGGUCCUGCGAAGAGGAGGAGCCCGUCCUCCUCCCUGCGCAUCCCCCUCCCCUCCCGCCUCCUCUCUCUCCGCCCCGCGGAGGGGCGCGGAGGCGGCGGGGCCGGAUGCGCUACCGGCACCGGCGUGGGUAUCGUUUAUUUCUCUUCCUUAUCUCCAUAGUAAUAUGCUUUGUUGUGACCAAGUCCUUCCUGCUGACCUGCUGUUUGCCCUUCUUUCUAAUGGGCAUGAGGUACUACUUCAGUAGAAAAGUUAUCCUCCACUAUCUCGAUUGUGCGCUGCAUACGGACAUGUCCGAUAUUGAGCAAUAUUACAUGAAACCGCCAGGCUCCUGCUUCUGGGUCGCCGUCCUGGACGGCAACGUGGUGGGCAUCGUGGCGGCGCGGGGCAACGAGGAGGACAACACGGUGGAGCUGCUCCGCAUGUCCGUCGACUCCAACUACCGCGGGAAAGGGAUCGCCAAGGCCCUGGGCCGCAAGGUGCUGGAGUUCGCCAUGCUCAACAACUACUCCUCCGUCGUGCUGGGAACCACGGCCGUGAAGAUGGCGGCCCACAAGCUCUACGAGUCCUUGGGCUUCAAGCACGUGGGUGUUGUCGAACAUUAUGCCCUGCCAGGGAUGACACGCUCCUUACUGGAGAGAAUGUUUUUCCAGGUCCGCUACCACCGCUACCGCCUGCAGCUGCGGGAAGAAUAGAAAAAAACCCAACCAACCAAACGAAAAAAAAAAAAAAUAUUUUUUUUUUUCUUCCUCCUCCUCCUCCCCCUUCAAAAAAUAAUAAAUUGCCCUUCUAUUUCUCGUCACUGUUGAUUUGCCGAUUUUGGGUUGAGUUUUUCUGUUCCCUCACGUCAUCUUUUGGUUUGCUCCGUGCAGCUGGAUGGUCCGGCCGAGCAGCGCUCCUUCCUCGCAUGCUGUAGGUGGUGGUGCUGGGGGUCCUGCCACCCGGCGGGGCACGGCGGAGCGGGACGGAGCGAACCGGCGGCCUCUCCUUCCCAGGUACCUCCGUAAAGCACAGGAACUUUAACUGCAAAAUAGGUCCCACUGCUCUGGUGUACAUAGCCCCCCCUCCUUUUUCCAAAUGUAAGAUAACAUAGUGACGCAUUCAUGAUAGUGCAGAAAUAUUACUUGAAUGCAGUUUUCAGUAUUUCAUGCACCAGUAAGUAGAAUAUGCAUUCGUCUUACUGUUAUUUACUGGUUAAUAGUUUUCAAGAAAAAACAAAACCAACCAGAAGGUGGGGGGUCCAACCCCCCCCUCCCCAACCCGCUUGCUCCGAUGCAUGAAGAGGAAAGCGCGUGCACGCACUUAAACACAUCGCACUGCCACCACGGCACUGGUGUUGCACUUUUUUUGGAUGUGCCUCAUUCUGCCAAAUGUCUGAGAGACCCCGGGUGCAUCCGGUAACCACGACUCCCCUCCAGCUCCCUCCUCCCUAAAGCCAGCACAGACUCAGACCGGCUGAACUCUGAGCCCCAUUGUACCAUAGUGUGAAGUUAAGAUCAAACCUAAACAUCUCCCGCACUGUUCCGUAGCCACGUGUAACCUGCAGUCCUGGGCCAGGCUCCGCAUGUGCGUUGGACUUUCUCUUUGCUGCCUUUUGGGGUUUUAUGUUUGUUUGUUUUUAUUUCAUUUUUAAGGGUGUUUUUUUUUGUUGUUGUUGUUAUUAUUAUUUUUAGUUUUGGCUUUUGCUGAAUGGUGUCAUUGAGGCAUAAUGGAGGCUGCAGUUCCUAUGGCAACACAUUUGCACAUUAAUGUGCGCACCAAAUCUAACCACUUCAGAGAAGCAAUGUGUGACAGAUAAUAGCAUUUUUG